AUGUUACAUUUUGUAAAAAGUCUUCUUUUGUUCGGCUCACUGUCACUUUAUAACUUGGCCAACUCCACUAUUUUUCACCUCCUUAUAUUUUAUACAAGACCUAAUCAAAGACGAAUCCAACACGAUAAACAGAAUCUUUCCAGAUAUCGAUCCACCAUGAGCUGCACUAACCCUACUUGCUUCUUCUGUUCCAUGAAAGAGCCAAACAUAUUGAUCAGGAGAGCAGGAAUCAAGAAAUGCUUCAAAGAAAUGCUAACAAUCAACGAGCAAGAGCGUGUGCUUAUUCUAAGUAGUCUAUGGAACAUCGCCAUGACUCAACCCGAGGAUCCAGAGUUUCCAUCCCUAGGUAUAUUCAAAUGCAUGGUUACCUUGCUCGAUAAGAGCAUCAACGACCGAGCUUGGCUUCUUGAUGGCCAAAACGUAUAUAUACCAUAUUAUGCAGCCCAUAUUGUAGGAUCAUACACCAUGAACAGAUUUGAGUUCGCAGAAAAAGCUGCGGACUCUGGUAUUAUUCCGCCAUUGUUGGAUCUUAUGAGAGGAAAGAUGAGUUGGUUGGAGCAAAGGGUUGCAGUUAGAGCUCUUGGACACCUAGCAAGCUAUGAUGGUACUUUUGAAGCCUUGGCGGUUUAUGAAGAAGAGGUAGUGAAGCUAACCAUGGGCCUAGCAUGUAGCUGCGAUGAGGUAGUUUAUAAUGAGUUUGUGGCUGUUAACGACGCAAACGAGAGGGUCAAAUAUCAUAAAAACUUGAUCACUAGAGGAGUUGGAGGAUUAGAGAUGGAGAACAGAAAGGCUGAGGAAUGGGCUAGCCAAAUCCAGUGUUGGUCUCUACACCUACUAAAUUGCUUUGCCAUUAGAGGUAGGUCCAUAGAUGUUAUCUGUAAUAAAGAGUUCUUGAAGGAGUUGAGUUCAAUGUGGGGUGGGCUUGUGAAUCACACAUCACCUGCUGGUGUCGGGUUAAUAAGGAUCUUGUGUUAUACCCCAGUUGGAAGAACAAGAGUUUCAGAAUCCGAAGAGGUUAUCGAAAGUAUCUGUAACCUCUCAAGAUCUUCGGAUGAUUGGCAGUAUAUGGCGAUUGAUUGUCUUCUCUUACUUCUUCAUGACCUGAACACGAGGUACAAAGUUCUUGAAAUCGCAUCAGUUUAUUUGUUUGAUUUGAUUGAGCUCCGGGAACUAGGAGAAAGGUCAAAAAUAGGCCAGAAAAUCACAAGAGCACUGCUCACUGACUUCAAGAAUGGGAAAUCAAGAAUCAAGAAUCGUGAAGUUGAAAGAAUAUUAAAAGAAACAUGGAUUUUUAAAGUUGAUAAGAACAAGAAAGAGAGAUUGAUGUCUGAUGAGAAACUAGAGGAGAAAAGAGUCCUGGUGAGUCUGAUAAAACAACAAGCGAAUCAUAGCUUUUGGUUAGGAGAUAUAGACACCGCAGUUGUGAAAUACACCGAAGGUGUAAAAUUGUGUCCACUAAAACUAAAGAAAGAGAGGAUUGUACUUCACAGUAAUAGAGCUCAGUGUUAUUUACUGCUUAAUAAUCCAGAUGCCGCCAUUAGUGAUGCUACCAGAGCUCUUUCAAUCUCAAACCCUGUCAAUUCUCAUGCCAAAAGCCUGUGGAGAAGAUCACAGGCUUACUACAUGAAAGGGUUGUCAAAAGAAAGCUUGAUGGACUGUUUGAUGUUCAUCAAUUUCGUUACUGCCGACAAGAAAAAACAUGCGAAAAUCCCUUACUAUGCAGUGCAUAUGAUCAAGAAACUGAUGGAUUCUACAUGGUUUUUCGCGUCUGCCAAAUCAAAAUUAUCAAACAAUGGGAGCUCAUCUAUCGAUCCUGGAAGAAACAAGGAAGAACUCACAAGCGAUGAACGGCUGAUGUCAGGGUUAUAUACCAUUUUAGAAGACCCUGUGUUCAGCAAAGAUGGAGAUGCUACCAGGAGAAAGGUUCAUGGAUAUAGGAAUACAAAGAAAUGUUCCAUGGCUGAAACAAUAUAACAAAUAUUUAGGUAUGUAUAAGCAG